CUUGGGAUAUUCCCCAGUCCUGAUUUCUUCCUUAUUUUCCAGGUUAAAAUGGGAAUUUGGGGUUUUGCGCUUUGUUUAUUAAUCACUACAUGUUUGUGGAGGGCAUCCAUCCAGGGAGAGCAUCAGAGGAGGCUGUAUCGAGACCUCAUGAAAGAUUACAACCCUCUCGAGAGACCUGUAUUUCAUGACACCCAGUCGCUGACUGUAAACUUCAGCUUGAGCUUGAUGCAGAUCAUGGAUGUGGAUGAGAAGAAUCAAGUUCUCACAACGAACAUAUGGUUACAGCUGUACUGGUUCGAUCAUUACCUUAAAUGGAACGUUUCGGACUAUCCCGGUGUAACCAGCGUCCGAUUUCCUGAUAGCCAGAUUUGGAAGCCUGACAUCUUACUUUAUAACAGUGCUGAUGAGCGAUUUGAUGCCACCUUUCACACCAACGUUCUCAUCAGCUCUAAUGGCGCCUGCCAAUACUUACCACCAGGUAUCUUUAAGAGCACGUGCCACAUUGACGUGCGCUGGUUUCCCUUCGAUGUUCAGAGGUGUGACCUGAAGUUCGGCUCAUGGACGUAUGCUGGCUGGUCUCUGGACCUGCAGAUGACUGAGGCUGACAUCACAGGCUAUAUAGCCAAUGGAGAAUGGGACCUUGUAGAGGUUCUAGGCCACAGGAAUGAAAAGUUCUACGAAUGCUGUGAAGAACCUUAUCCAGAUGUGACAUUCACAAUAGUGAUGCGCAGACGGACACUGUAUUAUGGUCUAAACCUGCUCAUCCCAUGUGUCCUCAUCUCCACACUGGCUCUGCUCGUCUUUCUCCUGCCUGCGGAUUCAGGCGAGAAGAUCUCCCUCGGAAUCACAGUUUUGCUCUCACUGACUGUCUUCAUGUUGCUGGUGGCCGAAAUCAUGCCUGCAACAUCAGACUCAGUACCUUUAAUAGCCCAAUACUUUGCCACUACUAUGGUUAUCGUCGGGUUGUCAGUGAUAGCCACAGUUUGGGUUCUGCAGUACCACUACCAUGAUCCUGAUGGAGGAAGAAUUCCAAGAUGGACACGCGUGGUGCUGGUGAACUGGUGUGCAUGGUUCUUGCGGAUGAAAAGGCCAGGCGAGGAGCGAGUGCACUCAGCGUGCCACAAGUGUCCACGCAGCAGCAUCUCCAGCGUGGAUCCGACCAAUAGAAACAUCGUCUACCUGGGCCUGCGUGGUAUGGAGAGCCUGCCCUGUGCCACGUCGCCUGACUCAGGGGUGGUGUGUGCCCGUCUGAUAGGUACCGCCGAAGAGGCUCCAUCAGUGUGCAGUGGGCAGGGAGACACAGAGCUGUCCAAGAUCCUGGAUGAGGUGCGCUACAUUACCAAAAGAUUCCAUGACCAGGAUGAAAAGGAGUCUUUGUGCAGUGAGUGGAAGUUUGCUGCCUCGGUUAUCGACCGCUUGUGUCUCAUGGCCUUUUCCGUAUUCACCGUCCUCUGCACCAUCGGCGUCCUCAUGUCAGCUCCAAAUUUCAUCGAAGCCAUUUCCAAAGACUUUUUCACUUAAAGUGUAUGUAAUGCCUCUAAACCCCACUUUUUUCCUUGUACAAAGCAACAAUCAUUAUGUUGAUUGACCAUACGUUUUUGAAUCAUAGCUGAUCCAAAAGGCCAUAAAUUGAUGGAAAAUCAAUAAGAUUAGCCGAUUUUCACGGAAUCUGCCGAGACUCAUCUGGAAGAUCCCGAAGGUGCGCGUGACGUCACACGUGUAACAAUCCAGGUAUCAAUUUCAUUCAUGUGCGCAGCAGUGGUUAGACCGGUCUCGAUAUGGAAUCACGUUUUGGAGAGAAUUCUGAUACUGAUUGGGAUUCUUAUGUGUCGGAUGAAGGGGCAAAUGAUUAUCAAUGAUAUUCCGGAGUAAAUAGUUAUCUUUUCCAGCCCCCAAGACGAGAAACUGCCAGUUCACUCAGUUCACCUCUGUAGUGUGCACAAGAUGGAGAGAUAGAUAGAUCAAAAGAGAUGUGCAGAAUGUGGUGGUUACCUUUCAUCAUGUUUUCCUGAACAAAAUUAAAAACAACUCGAGUCUUGCAAUAUUGCAAUCUGAGAGCAUUUAACACGUUUCAGUUAAUAAUUAAUGUUGAUGAUUGCGCCACGCGGGCGGCACGGUGGUGUAGUGGUUAGCGCUGUCGCCUCACAGCAAGAAGGUCCGGGUUCGAGCCCCGUGGCCGGCGAGGGCCUUUCUGUGCG